GUGGCACUAUCAUUGGCGUUUUAACUGUGGACGGUUGCUACUCGCUUUCGCUGGCGGAUUAACGGCAAUAUAUAGAUACACAUACAUACCUAUAUGUAUAUGCAUCUGCACAUAUAUCCUUAUAUCUGGAGCUAUUAUGUACAAGUCUGCGUAGAGGGGGAGCGUUCGAAGGCGAAAGAAAACCCAUUCUUUACGAUACAAAUUUAGCGCAAAUCUUAACAAAAUACUGUUAAAAACAUUAAAAAAAAAAACAAAAAAUGAUGUACCAAAGCAGUUGAUUAAGAAAACUUCACCCAAAAAAUAAAACCAAAAUUAACACCAAAAAAUAUAUAUAUAAAUAAAAAAUAUAUAUAAUAUAUUAAUAUCCGAUAAGCGUUCAAAACCCAAACGUAAACCUUAAGCUACAAAGAACUACACGUAACAAAUAGUUUAACAAGAACUAGCUUCAUAGACAAGACACCCUCAUUCAACCCGAGUGACAAGACGAAUAAGUAAUCCAACCAAAACCAACGGCAGCAAGCAAAUAAAAGCAUUAACAUGGCCGAUAAGAAGAUUGGUGAAUACUAUGCACCGCCGGUUAAAAUGGGCAAAUGGGAGGGUUUCAAAAAAUUCCUAUGGAACAGUGAAACUAGCCAAUGCCUUGGGCGCACCGGUUCCAGUUGGGCGAAAAUUCUUCUGUUCUACAUAAUAUUUUAUGCGGCGUUAACUGGAUUCUUUGCUGCCAUAUUUACGGUAUUUUAUCAAACGUUGGACAAUGAGAAGCCGAAAUGGAUGCUUGAUAAUGGUUUGAUUGGAUCCAACCCAGGUCUUGGUUUCCGACCAAUGCCCCCAGAAGCGAAUGUUGAGAGCACACUAGUUUGGUACGAGUCAUCCAAGAAGGAUAAUUAUAAAUACUGGGUCGAGGAGACUUCCCGUUUCCUGAAAUAUCACACUUACGAGGAUCUUGAGAAGCAAAAUCAAGUGAACUGCAGCUUCGAACAUCCACCCCCAGAAGACAAAGUCUGCGGCAUUGAUAUCUCGACCUUUGCACCAUGUACAGCUGACAACAACUUUGGCUAUCACGUGGCCAGACCCUGUAUAUUCCUUAAGUUGAAUAAGAUUUACAAUUGGGUGCCAGAAAUUUACAACGAUUCAAAGACAUUGCCAGAGCAUAUGCCCGAGGAACUGAAACAGCACAUCAAAGAAAAGCAAAGCCUGCGACCCAAUGAAACAAAUGUAGUUUGGGUUUCGUGCGAGGGUGAAAAUCCUGCCGAUGUCGAGAACAUCAAAGCUCGUGAUUACUAUCCACGCAUGGGUUUCCCUCGUUACUAUUUCCCCUUCAAAAACAUUAAGGGGUACAUACCGCCUAUUGUUGCUGUUCAAUUUACCGUUGAAACCGGCGUUUUGAUCAACAUUGAGUGCAAAGCCUGGGCCCGCAACAUCAACCACGACCGUUCAGACAGAAGAGGAUCCGUUCACUUCGAGUUGAUGGUUGAUUAAGAGAAGCGCUAUGGACAUGGCAACACGGUGAGCUGGGAUCGGCAGUAUCAAAAGGAAGCGGCCAUCGAGGAAUCUAUGAGAGAUGGGAUUAAAAGAAAAGGAUGAAGUAUAGAGAAAAACAGCAACAAAAUCCACACACAAAACAGAAACAAGAAAAGUGUAGCAAUGCAUAAACGACUAGUUUAACGCAAAAAAAAACAUGCGAGAUACAGCAACAACCAAAGAGAAAACUAAAAGAAAUGAAGCUACAAGAAGAAAAUGGAAAACUUAAAGAUUACAGAAACUAGCGCGAUAAAGCAAAAUAAAAAAAGCUAAAACAAAUAAAAACCUACCCAACGCUAAAUAAAGAACGCCCCACACAGAAUCACACAAAAACCUUAAUUUUUUAGGAGAAUUUUAUUUAGUUUAAAAUUUAGGCAGCAACUAAAAAGUAUGAUUGGCAGGCCUCAUAAAAUA